AUGGCUAAGCAUCAUCCUGAUUUGAUUUUCUGCCGAAAACAACCUGGAGUAGCUAUAGGUCGUUUAUGUGAAAAAGAUGAUGGGAAAUGUGUUAUUUGUGACUCUUAUGUGAGACCCUGUACUCUAGUAAGAAUAUGUGACGAAUGCAACUAUGGAUCUUAUCAAGGCAGAUGCGUUAUUUGCGGAGGUCCAGGCGUUUCUGAUGCUUACUAUUGUAAAUCAUGUACAAUACAAGAAAAAGACAGAGAUGGGUGUCCGAAGAUUGUAAAUCUUGGUAGUUCUAAGACUGAUUUGUUCUACGAAAGAAAGAAGUUCGGUUUUAAGAAACGUUAA